UUGCGGGAAGGGAUAAAUUUCCCCAUAUACACAGACUUUUGACUUUGUGCCGUUACUAUUUGUUUCAAGUCCGUUCUUACCAGCAGUAAUUAGCGUUAAAUUUUAAAAAUGAAGUAUUUGGCGCUUGGAUUAGUAUAUGCCUUGGCCUCAGUUUAUGCUGGCCCGUUACUCCUUAACGCUGACUUAUUGGCAAACGGCAACUCAGGUCUUGCCGUACUUCACCACGCAGCCUUUACACACACCGAUGAUGCACAUUGUGAAAGGCGUGGAAACCUAAGAUACUUACACUUGGUCCCAAAUGUCACUCAAAAUGUUCUUUACGAUGGCUUGGCCUCGGGAGCCCUUGGAUAUACUCCGGUUUUACACAGAGGUUUGACUCCAAACUUUGCCACCGGGGAAGUGAUGACUGAACUAGUUGGACUCUCAGACUGUAAAACCUGGCACGUAGCCUUGGUUGGCUUCUGGGCAAGGGGUUACCACUAUUUUAGGUAUUUGGGAGGUGUUAAAGAAGGAACAAGAUGGAACAAAUUGUAUUUCGAUGGUCUUGAUGCACUUGUUGAGUUUGUUCGGAGUAAACUUCCAGUGGAACAUUUCAGGGGCUUACUCGCAAAGGGUGUUGCCGCUGGCGACUUCAUGCUCAGACUUCACGAAGUCUUCGCCCGGUCAGUUUAAUCACAAACGCUACAAAACUGAAUUUAAUCUACCAUUACAAAGCUUGUCUGACAAACUUUUACCAUACCUUUAAACUGUAAUGUGAUAUCAACUUA